AUGUCCACAAACAAUGUGUCGGACCCACGGAGGCCAAACAAAGUGCUGAGGUACAAGCCCCCGCCCAGCGAGUGUAACCCAGCCCUGGACGACCCAACGCCCGACUACGUGAAUCUGCUCGGCAUGAUCUUCAGCAUGUGCAGGCUCAUGCUCAGGCUGAAGUGGUGCGCUUGGGUUGCAGUUUACUGCUCCUUCGUCAGCUUUGCCGACUCCCGGAGCUCUGAAGACACGAAGCAGAUGAUGAGUAGCUUCAUGCUGUCCAUCUCGGCGGUGGUGAUGUCCUACCUGUAG